GAAGGAGUUACGGAGCAGAGUCUACUCAAACUGGCACAAUCUGUACGCGAGGUGUUCAUGAUGGAGCCGAUUCUACUUCAGGUCAAUGCCCCGGUUACCAUUAUUGGUGAUCUUCAUGGCCAAUACGAGGAUCUGUUGCGUUACAUCAAACGAUGCGGUAAACCUCCGGAUACGAAGUACCUAUUCCUGGGUGAUUACGUAGAUCGGUAA